GGGUUCUUGAAAAAAAUUGGAUUUUUCAUCUGGAAUGCAAAUCUUGGUUAAAGACAUAAUCUGGGUUGUGUUUUUCUUGGUUCAAAAUCUGAUCUUUUUUGCUUCACAGUUUGGGAUUUCUUCUGAAGAACAGCCAUGCCUACUCUUGUUAAUUACAGUGGUGAUGAUGAGUUCUAUUCUGGCGGAUCGUUUUGUUCUGCAGAUUUGGGUCUCAUGUUGUCGUUGGGUCAUGCUGAUGUUUACUGUCCUCCUAGGAAGAGGGCACGCAUUAGUGGCCCGUUUGUUGUCAAAGACCGGUCAAAGGAUCCAUCUCUUGAAAUUCUUCCUGAUGAAUGCCUAUUUGAGAUCCUCAGACGAUUGCCCGGUGGCCGAGAAAGGGGUGCAGCAGCUUGUGUUUCUAAGCGCUGGCUUACAGUGUUGAGUAGCGUGAGGAACUCUGAAAUCUGCAGGAGCAAGAGCUAUAACAAUCUAAAUGACGCAAUAAUGAUCUCUAAAGAUGAAGAUCUUGAAGUUGAAUGUGAUGGAUACCUUACUAGGUGUGUGGAAGGGAAGAAAGCUACUGAUGUUAGACUUGCUGCAAUUGCAGUUGGGACGUCUACCCGUGGUGGACUAGGAAAGCUUUCUAUCCGAGGGAGUAACUCAGUUCGUGGUAUUACUAAUGUUGGUCUAUCUGCUAUUGCACAUGGGUGCCCUUCUCUUAGGGUCCUAUCAUUGUGGAAUGUUCCUUCUAUUGGGGAUGAAGGUCUCUUGGAGGUUGCAAGGGAAUGCCGUUCCUUAGAAAAGCUAGAUCUGAGCCACUGUCGCUCAAUCUCCAACAAGGGUCUUGUUGCAAUAGCAGAGAAUUGCCCGAGCUUGACUUCAUUGACCAUUGAAUCCUGUCCAAAGAUUGGAAACGAAGGCUUGCAAGCUAUUGGAAGAUGCUGCACCAAACUACAGUCCCUUACGAUUAAGGACUGCCCACUUGUCGGAGAUCAGGGAGUUGCUAGUCUUCUGUCAUCAGGUGCUUCAAUGUUAUCGAAAGUGAAACUACAUGGUCUAAACAUCACAGAUUUCUCGCUUGCUGUCAUUGGUCACUAUGGCAAGCUGAUUACCAGUCUUAAUCUUUGUUCACUUCGUAACGUGAGUCAGAAGGGGUUUUGGGUCAUGGGUAAUGCUCAAGGCCUCCAGUCUCUGGUUUCUUUGACAAUCACCUUAUGCCAGGGAGCCACAGAUGUCGGUCUUGAAGCAGUGGGAAAGGGAUGCCCAAAUCUCAAACAUAUGUGCAUUCGCAAGUGUUGCUUUGUUUCUGACGGUGGACUUGUUGCUUUCGCUAAAGAGGCUGGAUCUCUCGAGAGUUUAAUCUUGGAGGAGUGCAACAGAAUUACCCAAGUAGGUAUCCUUAAUGCAGUUUCAAACUGCAGGAAGUUAAAGUCUCUUUCCCUAGUGAAGUGCAUGGGAAUCAAGGAUCUAGCUCUACAAACUUCCAUGCUGUCUCCAUGUGAAUCUCUUCGGUCCUUGUCUAUCCGAAGCUGUCCAGGAUUCGGGAGCACUAGCUUAGCUAUGGUCGGUAAGCUCUGCCCCAAGCUGCAUCAAUUAGAUCUCAGUGGGCUUUGUGGAAUAACCGAUGCUGGUCUUCUCCCACUCUUGGAGAACUGUGAAGGACUUGUUAAGGUGAAUCUUAGCGACUGCCUGAACUUGACAGACCAAGUGGUGCUUUCAUUGGCUACACGACAUGGCGAGACCCUUGAAUUGUUGAAUCUCGAUGGAUGCAGGAAGGUUACCGACGCAAGUUUAGUGGCAAUUGCAGAUUAUUGCCCAUUACUUAUUGAUCUUGAUGUUUCUAAGUGUGCAAUAACUGAUUCUGGUGUAGCUGCUUUAUCCGGUGGAGUGCAAGUGAAUUUGCAGGUCCUUUCUUUAUCAGGUUGCUCCAUGGUAUCAAACAAGAGUGUCCCUUCUCUUAAAAAGUUGGGAGAGAAUCUACUGGGCUUGAAUCUCCAACAUUGCUCCGUUAGUUGCAGCUCAGUCGAGCUUCUUGUGGAGGAUUUGUGGAGGUGUGACAUCCUCUCCUAAACCAAAAGGGCACAAGGAAAUGCAUCAAAAUGGUCAAAAAGAAUAAGCAGAAAGCUAUAAUGGUUCAUUCAGCCUGGCAAUUACAGAAGCAAACAUGAGUGUUCUUUUUUUAGCCCGUAUAUUCGUGGCUAUCUAAUACUUCAGUGUCUCGGUUGUUUUCCAGGAGGCUAUGGCAUCACUUUUUUCCUCCAUUUUUUGCAGGCUUCGUCAAAUCGAAGCCUGUUUCAUCCAUUUUUGGAGACAACUCCAUCAUGCCAUGGUUUCCUGAGAAUACAGUCACCUAGUUCUGAGAUUAAAAUUUUCACUCAUGUUGCUCCUCGAAAGAAUCAGGCCGUUUGAAUCAUUCAGCUACAACAUCGACAGACAAUAUCUAUUGCGCAUUUGCCUCCUUGGUGCUUAGCUACAUUGCAGAAAUCAGACAGUAGUUCUGUAGUUUUUCAUGUUCAAGAGUCUUUAGUGUUUCAUUGUAAGUAUUCUAUUGUGUCUUUUAGACUUUAGCUGCUUUGAGCAAAUUUCUGUUGUUGUGGUGCCUGUUAUUCCAGGGGCUUGGCCAUUACAACCUUACCUAGGUUGUUUUUUUUAACCAGUCCCUUGUUUUUUGAUAGGAUUAUCAAUGUCCUAUUUAUUACCAGGUUCCACAUAUUCAGAUUUGUACUCUUGCAACUAUGUUUUAUAUAUA